UCCCUCCCUGGCAGCAUCUCCAAGAUAGGGCUGAGAGAGAGAGAUUCCUGCCUGCAGCCUCGGAGAAGCCGCGGCCAGUCUGUGAAGACAAGACUGAGCUAGAUAGACCAAGGGUCUGACUCAGUAUAUGGCAGCUUCCUAUGAGAAGAUGGAAGGAUUAAUGCUCCCUCAGCCAAGGACCUGCUUACUGCUAGACUAAGCAAGCACGGACUUAUUCCAAAGGAGACCCGGAGAAGUCAGAAGCCUCUAGCGAUUCAGGAAGACGGUCGCCACAUUCCAGUUUCCAUGGAACUUGGAGGAGGAGGAGGAGAAGAGUCCUGUGCGCCUCGAAAGCUUGCGUCCUCCCAAGCUGACGCCCCUCUUCGCCCCGGAAAACGAGUAAACGACCACCACGCCAUGCCAACGAUUUGGAAUCUCCUCUGAGGGUUUGUUGUAACAUUGAGCUUCCCGCAAGGGAAACACCUCCCUGGGGCUGAGCCUUGGCUGCCUGCAACUGGAAGGCAAGCCUUCUCUUUUGUUCCACCCAGGCAGGCACGAGAGAGGGAGAGACCCGCCUCCCCCGAGGCAGGCCGAGGAAUUCAAACCCCUCCCCUGCCUGCCCUGCCUUCUCCGCCUCGCUCCGUCCGGCACUUCUGCCUGGGACGGGGCGAAGGUACAAGAACUUCGGGGCGACGCGCCAUCGGGCCGAACUGCUCUCGUCGACGGGACGGGCUCGCCGCUUGCCGACCUUCACCUGCCUUUCCUCCAAAGCCUGGCUCCUUGAAGCGGCCGUAGCAGGAGCGCCCUACUGACGGGAAUCCGGCGUCGCUUCGCCGGGAAACUUCGAAAGGAGCCCCCGGACGGGGUAGGGAAGCGCAGCGCAGCCGAACGUCGCUUCGGGAGCCCUCGAAGAAGGCGGCAGGCAAGGCUCCAGGAGGAGGAGGAGGAGGAGGUUGGGGGGCGCGAUCCCUGCCUCCGGCGCCGGGGUUCUCUCCUUGGAGGGGGCCGCCCUCGCCCUUUCCCACAAGGGAGGAAAUAAACUGCAAGAGGGCGGCUGGCUGGCCAUCCGACGGGGCGGUCGGUCUCCUGUCCCCUGGUGGAGGCGAUGUAGACGCUCUCACCCCGCAGGCGUGGAAAGGGGGCGAAACUCGAAGGCUUCCUCGACGGGAGGUGGCAGGAAAGUUAGCCCCCUGCCCUCUCUCUGCCGCCUCGGUCUCUCCCCCAAGCGCCCCAGCCUGCCCCCUUGGAAGGAACCGGGGAAGCCGUGUUGGCGACUUAAAAGUGGGGUUCCCCCCUCGGACCAAUGAGGCCCAGAGGAGAUGGAGCCCCUGAAAAGCAUGUUCCGGAAGGCCCCGCUGGUGGCCUGGGGGGCCGCCUCGCGGGGGGCCGGGGCCCCCACGGCCUAUGCCAACCCUGUCUGGACGGCACUGUUCGACUACGAGGCCGCCAGCAGCGACGAGCUGACCCUCCGGAAAGGGGACCUGGUGGAGGUCUUGUCGUGGGAUGCCGCCAUAUCCGGGGACGAAGGCUGGUGGGCCGGCAAGGUGAACGACCAAGUGGGCAUCUUCCCCUCCAAUUAUGUCUCACCCAAGUCGGGGGCGCCUGAGGGCCCCCCUGAGGCCGACUUCCGGGACCUGAGGCUGGAGGAGGUCAUCGGGGUGGGGGGCUUCGGAAAGGUCUACCGGGGCAGCUGGCGGGGGGAGCUGGUGGCGGUCAAGGCUGCCCGGCAGGACCCGGACGAGGACAUCAGCACGACGGCCGAGCGGGUGCGGCAGGAGGCACGGCUCUUCGCCAUGCUGCAGCACCCCAAUAUCAUCGCCCUGAAGGCCGUCUGCCUGCAGGAGCCCAACCUGUGCUUGGUCAUGGAGUACGCCGCCGGUGGGCCCCUCAGCCGCAUCCUGACCGGAUGCAGGAUCCCGCCCCACAUCCUCAUCAACUGGGCCGUGCAGAUCGCCCACGGGAUGCAGUACCUCCACUGCCAGGCCAUUGUGCCCGUCAUCCACCGGGACCUGAAGUCCAACAACAUCCUGCUCGCCGAAAGCAUGGACGACGGGGACGUGAGCAGCAAGACGCUGAAGAUCACGGAUUUUGGGCUGGCGCGGGAGUGGCACAAGACGACGAAAAUGAGCACGGCGGGGACCUACGCCUGGAUGGCGCCCGAGGUCAUCAAGAACUCGACCUUCUCCCGGGGCAGUGAUGUCUGGAGCUACGGGGUCCUUCUGUGGGAGCUUCUCACCGGGGAAGUCCCGUACCGAGGCAUUGACGGACUUGCUGUGGCCUAUGGCGUCGCCGUGAACAAGCUGACACUUCCUAUACCCUCCACCUGUCCAGAACCGUUUGCACACCUCAUGGCCGAGUGCUGGGAACAGGACCCUCAUCUGCGCCCCAGCUUUGCAUCCAUCCUGUCCCAGCUGACGGUGCUGGAGACGCAAGUUCUCCACGACAUGCCUCAAGAAUCCUUCCACUCCAUGCAGGACGACUGGAAGCUCGAAAUACAGGACAUGUUUGAUGAGCUGCGUGCCAAGGAGAAGGAGCUGCUGAGCCGCGAGGAGGAGCUGAAGCAGGCGGCCCUGAAGCAGAAGUCCCAGGAGGAGUUCCUGCGCCAGCGGGAGCAUGAGCUGGCGGAGUGGGAGCUGGAGGUCUUUGAGCGCGAGCUGAGCCUCCUCAUUCAGCAGAUGAACCGGGACCGCCCCCACGUCAAGAAGCGGAAGGGCACGUUCAAGAGGAACAAGCUGAAGGGCCGGGACGGCGAGAGGAUCAGCAUGCCUCUCGAUUUUAAGCACCGCAUCACCGUGCAGGCGUCCCCCGGGCUGGAUAAGAGGAAGGACAUCUUUGAGGUGGGGGCCGGAGGCUCCCCAACUUUCCCCCGGUUCCGAGCGAUCCAACUGGAGCCAAGUGGGAAUGAUCCGAAUUGGGGGCGCCAGUCCCCACGUCGCGGGGACGAGGCUUGGAAUGGGCGUACCAAGAGCCCCGGUUCCCCAAAACCAUGGGAUUGCAGUACACAGAAUGGCAGGAGAAGGUCGCGGCUGGAAGAGACUACCUCGAACACGGAGCCGGAAGGGACGGUCUCUCCUGCACAGAGCCAGCCCAGCCCGAACGGCAGCCUCCCGGUUGACUCCACAGAAACGGAGGACCCAGCACCGGAACGCCCCGGCGCUCACCGGCUCAUCCAGCGGGCCCUGCUCCGAGGCACCGCCUUGCUCGCCUCGCUCGGCUUGGGUCGCGAGCUGCCGCCCGUCCCUCAGGACCCCCCUCCGAGCAGCCCUCCGAGGGAGCCCCCCCCUGUCCUGCAGGUCGAGCUCUGCAAGGAAGACCCCCCCACGGAUCUCCUCAUCGACCUGGCCUCAGGGAGCGACAGGGAGACCCUGGCCCCUCUCUGGGCUCAGACGUCCCCCAAGAUCCCCAGGCUGGUGGAGAGCCGCAGCCACAAAGCCCAGAAAUGGGAUGGCACGCUCCCGUCUCCCUUGUCCCCUCGCAGCCCGCGGUCGCCUCACCCGGCGCCUCACUCCAGCCUCAUCUCCCGCCCCCGGCCGUCUCCGGUCCGCAGCCGCAUCGACCCCUGGAGUUUCGUGUCUUCCGGACCCCGCGCCUCGCCCGUCCAGUCCCCCCGGCUGGGGACACGCCUGUUCCAGCCAGCGGCUCCCGAAGGCAGCAAUCCUUUUGCCGUGCCCGACCCCGAUCCGUUCGCCUGCGGGGACUUCUCGGCCAGGAAAGAGCCCCCGGCGCCCGCACACCCCGACCCCUUUAUCGUUGCAUCCCGACUGCUUCCUCCGAGGCAGCUCAGCCCCGCUCCGUCGCCCCGCUGGACCUCCAGGCCACUCCCGCCCAAAGAGGAGAUGCCAGCCCCACCUUGGUGGUCAGCGGCCACGGUCCCUCGAGGAAGAGCCGCCCCGAAAUGAGCGGGAGCGAAAGAGGAAGUCCCGCCUUCCAGGUGCACCUUCUGUUCAGGAAGCUGGCCCUUGGCACGGUGCCUUCUCAACUGUGAUUGGACAGGAGGCUGCAAGCGCUGUGGAUGGCCGGGAACGCAGACUACUGU